GGAAUCAUACAAGUGCCUACAUUAUUUUUGAGUUAAGAGUGCCCACAAACUCUGCAAAAGGCCGAACUCAUCUGAUUUUUUUUACCUUAUGUCCUCGAUGGCGAAACAUGCGACAUGAUCUGAAAACUUGAGAGUUCAUUUGUUUUACAUUACGUUUCCGUCUCAUUCAAAACGACUUUUUGUUCCUGCAGUGUCUUAAUGGUUAUUACGUGUUUUCUUUUCUUUAUUCAGCGUCAUUUUAACGUACAAAACGAGGGUCUAAAAAAUUAAAGAAAAAACUUUGUUCAAUCUCUUUACAAUGACAUAUGCUGGCGGUAUUUUUUAAUUUUUUUCAUUUUUGUCAUUUUGUUAACAAAAAAUGCGUGACCAAGACUCGUACUAUGACAACGUCAGGCGAUCAUCGAUCCUUAUUUAAAGUGAGGUCAAAUGCCACCAUGCAUAGAACCGCAAACCACACUUGGCGUAAAGUUUCGUAUAUAAUUUAACAGCUCGAGCUGUUCAAUUCGAGCAACUCAGAUCGAUAUUCUUCUUCGAAGUAAAUAGAUCCAAAAAUCCUUUCUGUUGGACAUUUGUAAAAAUUGCACAAGUUCCUCAUAUCUCAUUGACACGGACAACUUUUAUUUCAAGUAUAAUUUUAAAGGAUCAUGAAACUAUUUAUUUACUCGUCAUAGUGUACUUGCUGUCAAACAAAACAUUUCACCUUCUGAUAUAUAUUUUAACACAUCGUCAAAUAUACCGGAGAUAUUUUAGAUUUGUGGUUUGCGUUAAAUGUCCUCGAAGAUGGGCACCACAAAUGCACAAACGAAUUCAGAGCACGAAAACAAGGAAACGUUCAAUCACGUAGACUCUAUCGAGGCGUUCUACGCCGAGAAGGUGAUCCUUUUGACCGGUGCUACCGGUUUCUUGGGAAAAGCUCUUUUGGAAAAACUGCUGCGCUCAUGUACACGCGUGGCCAUGAUAUUUAUACUGCUUCGUCCAAAGCGAGGAAAAACUAUCGAGCAACGACUAAAUCAAAUGAAAGAAAAUUCUGUUUUCGACAGGCUUCGAAUGGAGAAUCCUGGCGCGAUCAAUAAGAUCCACCCCGUGAAGGGCGAUGUGGGAUUACCAAACUUGGGUCUCUCGGCUGAGGACAGAAACAUGUUGAUAAACAGGGUAAACAUAGUUUUCCACAGUGCAGCCACAGUGAGAUUCGACGACUCAUUGAAGGUGGCUGUGAACACGAAUGCAAAGGGGACGGAUCGUGUCAUAGACCUGUGCAAGGAUAUGACAAAUCUGAUCAGUCUUAUUUACGUUAGCACAGCUUACAGUAACGCGAAUCGAUACGACAUCGAGGAAUCGAUUUAUCCAACAAAGUUGAAACCGUCGACGGUAAUCGAUAUGUGCGAUAGCCUAGACGACAAAACGCUGAACUUACUCCAGAAGCAGAUUAUAGAGGGGCAUCCCAACACCUACACAUUUACAAAAAAUUUAGCAGAACAAAUAGUAUGGACAAGGGGAGCAGACUUGCCAGUAUCGAUAGUACGACCUAGCAUAGUUUGCGUCACACAUAAAGAACCGUUUCCUGGUUGGCUGGACGGUCCUAGCGGUCUUACAGGCUUAAUAGGAGGAAUUAUCAGAGGUACUGCCAGGGUCAUCAAGUGUGACACGAAACGGAUUAUCGAUAUGGUACCUGUCGAUUAUGUUAUCGACACGAUCAUUUGCGCAUCGUGGUUCCGCGCAACGCAACAGAAUAAUUCCAUCAAAAUCUAUAAUUGCACCAAUAAUGCAGACUCCAUAAGCUGGGGAGGCCUAGUCCAACUUAUUUCGAAGUACGCCGUUGAGUCGCCAUCGAAACAUUUAAAAUGGUAUCCAGGCUUGAUAGUGGGCACGAACACGUUUAUGUACAGGUUCGUAACGAUCACGUUACAUUUUUUUCCGGCUGUUAUUAUGGACUUUGUUUCGAGACUUGCAGGUAGCAAACCGAUAAAUAUGAAAACUGCUAAAAAUUUCGACAAGGUGGUGUCAGCCACGCAAUACUUCAGCACAAACGAAUGGAAAUUUCAUAGGAACAAUAUGCACGAACUGACAAAGAAAGUGAAAACGUUGAAGGACUCUAGUAAUUUCAACACUGAUAUGGACAAUCUUGAUUGGAACACGUUUGUUUACAGUUAUCUGUCAGGGAUCAGGAAGUAUAUUUUAAACGAAAAUCUAGAGGCUGCGGACACGUUUCGAAAACGAUUGAUAAUAUUGUACUGGAUACAUCGAAUCAUUCAAAUAUCGAGCAUAUUCACACUAGUGGUUAUAAUAAGGCGCAUCUGCCACUGAUCACGACAUUCAAUUAUUUCAUUUUCUUGAUUAGACACAGACGAUUAUCUUCCGAAUCUGUUUCGACAUUUUCCUCGUGUGAUAGUCAUUCUAACUAAUAUUAACAAUUUACAUGUAUCAUAACUUGCCGAGAAAUACAUUAUGUAUUUAUUUACGCACAAUUUUCGGAAGGACAGAAAAGCAUGCGACUCACCAACCGUUGUCUUGAUAUGGGACAUCGUAGUGACUCUGCUGUUGCUGGUCAUCGGAGUAAUUGUCCUGUCGCUUACCAUCGGAUUAGCUCUGCAUUAUCCACGUUGAAUAUCGGAGUAGCUCUGCAUUACCCACGUCGUACUACGGAGUUGAUCUGCUCUAUCUGCAUCGAAUUCGUAGUACUUCUGCUUGAUGACACAUAAUAUCUGCAACAAAAGUUUUUAAAAAUUACAGUAGUUACAAUAUUAAAUGUUUGUACAAUAAAGGUGCGUAAAUGCUAAAAAAAAAUUAUGUUUCUGAUACAUUUAAAAUAAAUUAUAAAAAUGUGUAGCUUCAUAAAUAUUUCAAGUUUGUAGAAAGUGUAGUAUGAGUAAAUGUACAUAAACUCACUAAAUUUAUUAAUUUAUAAUUAAUAUAAGAAGAACUUGUGUAAAUCUUCAAAAUCUGAUUUUGUAUACAAAGGCAUGUAAAUGUUGAAAGAAUGUUUAAGUUUGUAUCUCAUAUGUUUCUAACGUAUGUGUCAUAAAUUAUAAAACUGUGUAUCAUCAUAAAUGGUCAAAGUUUCCAUAAAAUGUAGCAUAAUGUAAUAAAAAGAAUCCAAGAAAAAAUUGUAUAAAUUUGCAAAGUUAUACAAUUUAUAUGUAUAUACAAAAGGGAUCUAAAUGUUGAAAGAAUGUUUAAGUUUUUAUCUUCUCUGUACAGUUGAAUUUGUAGCAAAUUAUAAAAAUGUAUAUCGUCAUAAAUGUUUAAAGUUUAAAGCAUCUAGAAAAUAUAGUAUACUGUAGUAAAAGUGCAUCGUCUCAUAAGAUUUAUCAUUUUAUAAUAAAUGUAAGAAUAAAUUGUAUAAAUUUACAAAGUCAUAAUUUAUAUGUGUAUAACAAAGGUUUAACAAUGAUUAGACAACGAUUAGAUGUCGAUUAAUAAAUUAUGCGUAUCUAUUAAUUUAUAGAUCGCUACUCGUCACAUCUGCUCACUCCGACUACCGCCAAAAGAAAGAUGGCUUCUGCUUGCCUUUCGCGCCACCUCUUAGUCAGUCAAGAGUGCUCGGCCAAUGAAAUUUGAGUAUGUAAAUGAAACGAUACGUGUGAUUGGCUAUCACUUUUUAACAUUAUUUCCGAU